AUGAAUCUACAAAAAAUAGCCUCUCCUGUAACAACCUCUCCGCAAAGUCCCUUUUCAACUUCUAGCCUGUCGUCUCCUGAUAGCUCGACUCCUAAACAAGUACCACCAAUUCGACGUAGUCUCAAUGGAAAAAGACACAAUAAUACAAAUGAACAAUCAACACCUUCCCUGUUAAUUGAACCUGCUCCCGCACCUGCUAUGUAUUGGACAAAAAUAAAAACAAACGGUAAAAUACCCAAGGCUUUGAGGGGACAUACAGUUAAUUUAGUUGGGGAAUUGAUAGUCAUUGGAGAAGCACCUCCGCCAUGUCGUGCACAUUCAUCAACACUUGUUGAUAAAAAGUUAUUUAUAUUUGGUGGAGGAGAUGGUUCAGUAUACUUUAAUCAUUUAUAUAUUUUUGAUACAGAUACAUUAUCGUGGAGUAAGCCUGAAACAACCGGAGAUAUACCAUUACCACGUCGUGCACAUACUACAGCAUACUAUAAUAAUAGCAUUUAUGUGUUUGGUGGUGGAGACGGUGCACGAGCACUCAAUGACGUUCACAUGUUGAAUGUAUCUGAUUUAAACAACUUGGUGUGGAAAAAAGUAGAACCUAGUGGACGUGCACCAAUUUCUAGGGGAUACCAUACUAGUAAUUUGGUUGGAAGCAAGUUAGUUGUUUAUGGGGGAAGUGAUGGACUCGAAUGUUUUAGCGAUGUUCAUAUUUUGGAUUUAGUUACAAUGCAAUGGGAAAGUCGUAAAGUUUAUGGAACACGGCCAACUGAACGCGGAUAUCAUUCAUCAGUUUUGUACGAUUCAAGGCUUUUUGUAUUUGGAGGAUACGAUGGACAAACAGUAUAUGAUGAUCUAUAUGUUUUAGAUUUAUCAGCAUGUGCUUAUUUACCUCAAAUAAUCAAUUUCGAACUACCUGAGAUAUAUAAUAAAUGA